AGGCCUUCUCCUGAGCGCCGUGCCCGGAUGCCAUGGCUGCCCGAGGAGGACGGAGACUGGCUCAUAAUCAGCCAAGAACCAACUAACUAACUAACUAACGGGAAGCGCGCCAGCUUCCUGAAGAGGAAUGGUACAUUUAGGAUACGCUUGGGUCCUUCAUUAAGCCACAGAUCUUUGCCUCACAUCUUGGCUCUUCGUGUUUAAGCGGCUGAAGCACAAAGCGGUUUCUGCUGCAUCAUGACCGGCUGCCAUAAUGUGGUUUUCCUCUUGGACACAGCCAGCUCCUUGGAGAAGAACCAUCUUUCUCUGGGUGUAUUGAGGAUCUUGAAUUUCCUGGGCUGCAAGUUUGGCCUGUCGAGGGUCCGUUGGGGCUUCAAAUUCUUCGAUUCCUUGGGUGCCCAGGGCAGGAUUUCCCAGGUGGGCAGCUUCCAUGAGCUUGGAUCCCGAAGUUGGGAAGACUUUGAGGAAGCGGCGGAGGCCAGGUUUGGCAGCCGGAUCCUCAGCCCACACUUGCCUGGUCCAGUACCUCGAGCCACCCUUACUCAGAACAUACUGAAAGAAACUUUGCUCGACUACCAGUGGGACCGGCCUGAAAUAACCUCGCCAACGAAGCCCGUUUUGAGGAGUCAGAAGAGCAAACUGACCGUAACCUUGGAUAAACUUCAGGCAAACUCUGCUUCUGAGGACUUUGAGAAUGCAAUUUUCCUCUUUUCUCCCUGUCCUCGUUCUCAGAGGGACUUGCUACAGUUUGCUUUUGGAAGUUAUGUUCAUUUGUCUGAUGAACUGCUUCCUUUUCAUGAUGUGACGGAAAAAUUCAUCCCUAAGGGAAUUCAGGAAAUGAUGCUUAGCCAGAAAAUCAGUCUUUAUUGGGUGGAUACCACUGAAUCUAUGAAGCUUCUUGAAUCCCCAGACUGUAUUGGCUACAGGCUGUUGUCUGACUUGGUGCUUCUCUUGGGAGGCACGAUUUUGCCAUCUGAUCAUUUUAUCCAUUACUUAAAUCACCACAGAGCAGGGACUGUAUCUGCUCUCCCUGUGAAGUCCAGGAACGCUGAACCAACAUUAAGUAAAACGUUGCCUUUCGAUUCCAUUUUGAACUGUUUGUUUUCUCUCCCUUCUGUUCUGCAAGCUACUUUCCCUCCUCUGGAAGGAGUGCUGUUCCUCAGGACUGAUGAAAUAGGGGAGGUACAGGGCUGUGCUGUGACCUUGGAACCUCUAACCCUGAGCCAGUGGUGUUUCAAAGGUCCCAUCAACAUUUCUCUUAAAUGCACUGUAACAGGCUGGAAUGCAGUGCAUACACAGAGCUUUCAUACAGAGAGCUGGAUUCUGCGCAGGACAUCAUCAGGACAAUCCUUUAAGCAGUUUCAGCAGUUCAUGAAAUACAUUCUGGCCCAAGGAUUACAUCUGGUUGCUGAAGUUUAUCAGUUUGGAGCCUCUUCUCCCUGCACUGGAAUUUUCUCCUCCAUCUCGGAUUCUACCGCAAUUCUUUCUAUUCUCUCUGCUGAGCAAGCUUCUGAGGUGGAGAAAUUCCUUCUUCAGACAACUGGGGAGUGUCAUGUCACCAAAGAUGAUGACUUAUGUGUCCAYGAGAUUGUGAGCAAUGUCCUUAAACAAGGAUGUGAUGACUUGGAAAUAAAUCAMAUGGGAAGUUCUGAAUGUCAAGAGGAAAUGUCAUUUCCAGAGUGGGCACAGCAGGAGCUAUCCCGCACCCCAUGCUGGAGUCCUGCAGUGAUGGAAGGCUGGUACUCUCUAUCAAAUUUCUGUGGAGCAAGUUCUCAUUUGAUGGAGUCAUUCAGGCUGCUCCUGGCAGAUUCUGCUACAGAGGAAGAGGAAGUUUCCAAACCCGAAGUGGAGUUGACACACUGCUUGUCAGAAUUUUACCAGAGAAAAGUCUCAGACCGAUCAGCUACAUCUCGACAACAAGAUCACAGAAAGAGACGUAAACUUCCUCGGACCCCUGUGAGGCAGAAAAUGAAGACCAUGCCUCGUUCCCUGCAGAUGUUGAACGUUGCUAGGCUGAAUGUAAAGGCUCAAAAGUUCCAGCCAGAAGGAGAACCACCAGUCAAUGAGAAGGCUUCCCAAGGGCUGUUAUCAAAACCAUUGGAGGAUAAUGUGGACGGAAGGGGUAGAAUGGUGAAAAGUAAGCAAGGCUUCAGCACUAAGGAAGAAAUGCUGUCCUAUAUAACAACGAACUACCAGAAGGCUGUGAUUGAUGGUGAAAACUUGCUUACGCAUGCCCAGGACAUGGUAGCAACUGUUAAUACUUUCCAGAAGUUGAAUGAGGCAGCCUUUGUGGACACAAUGAAGAGCAAUCUCUUAAGGACCGGCAAAGCCCUCCGUCAGCAACUUAGCAGUGAUCCUGAUCAGGAAGCUAAAAUCAAAGAGUGCCAACUUCAGGUAUACUUGCGUCUAGAAAUGUGCCUUCAGUGUCCUUCUUUACAGGACGACAUAGAUGGGAUGGAGCAGCUUGUUGAAGAGAUGACAGAAAUGUUGAGGAUCUUAUGCUUGACCAAAGACCCAGGAUACCUCACUAGGUUCUUGGAAGAAGUUGUAGACAUGUAUAUGGAAACCAUGCCAAAAAUCCUUGGAGAUUUGUACUACAGCUUGGGGACACAGAUUCCUGCAAAACUGGCCUCGGUCCUUCCAGCAGAUUUUUUCAGUGAUGACUCCAUGAGCCAGGAGAGCCAAGCCCCUUCCCUUCAUCCUUCCGCAUCAUCUGUUCCCGCUUCCAGCAUCGUUUCCCUGAGCACUGAGGCAGAGCAGCUUGAAGAACUGCGCACCAGAUCAGCUAAGAAAAGAAAGAAUACGCUAGCCAGGCACCGUAGUGUGACAGAAACUUCACUGAACUUACGCCAAAUAGAGAUUCCUCAAGUCCCAAAGCAUCAUUCCAGAAAGGACAAUUCUUAUGCUUGCCUUGAUGUGAAGUCAGCCCCAGCAGCACAGAAAAUGGCAGUACAAGAAGUUACCAAGGUUCGAAGGACACUCUUCAAUGAAAACAUCCUUUCCCCGAGCAAAAGAUCCCUUGCAAAGAUGUCUCGAAGUCGAUCCGUGUCAGCUUUGGAAGGCCUAAAGCACAAACGCAGCUAUUCAAAAGAGAACCCUCGAGAGAACCCAAAGCUGCUGACCAAAACAGUCCCAGAAACCCCAUUACACAAACAGAUCUCCAGAAGGCAGCUCUACAAGCAGAUUAAAGGCCGAUGUUCUGAUCCUGGACCUGACAUUGGCAUUGUAGAAGAAUCUCCGGAAAAAAGCACAACCUGUACUUUAAGAAGAAGCCCACGGAUUAAGCAGCUAUUUCUGGACAGAACCCUCUCUGGCUCCUUCCACUGUUUGCAACGUAGUAAGAGGAAUGCACCAUCCCCUCUACAUCUCGAAUCCCCAGGCUUGGCAUCGCCUUCUAUAAGAACAGCUGUCCAGUCCCCCAAAAGUCUUCUCUUUGGAGCAGUCCUGGAGGAAUCCAGUUUGGCGGGGAUGCGUUCACAGAGACCAGAAGGAGAACGGUCGGCCUUUGAUGAGCCUGCUGUUUAUCAGACACCGAGAAAAAGUCCCUUUCAGUCUUCCCAAAGACUUGUAACUCCCCCAGGCAAAGGCUUGAGAAGGUCCCCACGUCUGCAAGAGAAGCAACCGCAGACCGCUACUCUGAAAAGCCCUCUCCCAAAGUGCACAGCAGCCAAGGGGUUGGCAAACAUUUUCUCUCCUUCUAAACAGAAGAACAAGUCCUUGCCUGGAUCUUUUGAAAAGGAAGAAGAUGACCCAGUGCAGCCAUUGGAAAGGCUUUCUUCUUCAACUGAGCUGCCAAAUUUGCAAAUAUUAGGAAGACAAGCCACGCAGGAGGCGCUUGAUGAUGUCUUUGCUUCACCUACAGACAGUUGCACUUCGGCAGCCCUUCUGCCUGUUGCGGUGCCUCCAGUCCCAUUAAAUUCCAGUGGAAACCCAUUUUCCAAACUGAAAUCUCUAAGGCGUUCCUCGCGGGUCACCCCAAACACUCAGUCUCCUCAGAAACACUCUCUGGAUCCAGAAAGAGUUCUGUAUCAGGAGCCACCCUUGUCUCUAGAGUUGGACUCUCUGAAGGCAGCAACCACGGUUUUGGAAAGUGCCCUCUCAGAACGACCAACGAGCCCGAAGAGUGCCAAGCCUACCGAGGGCUUUUCUGCACCUGUUCAGUCUCCAUCACUCCCUCAGGUGACACCUGGUGAGGCCACAUGCACAGUCUCACCAACCGAGAACCAAGAAUUGGCCAGGAAUUCUCAUGUGCCCAAAAGGUUUUCUUUGAGGUCCCAAAAUAACAGAGAAACCUCCCCACCAAAACUCCUUGAAUCUGCUUCCAGCAGGACUGAAGAGCACUUAUUUGUGUGUGGAAAUAAUGAGAAGGAACAGAAUGGAGGUUCUGAUCAAACCAAUCAAUUCUGCAGACCUGAGCGUGGAGAGAAUACGUUCUUGGGACAGAGUCAUAAACAAAGUAAUAGACUUAUGAUGCAAAGUAAGAGGAGAGUUUUCGAAACAUACCUGUCUACUGGGUUAAAUAAAACCCAGAGGAUUAUCGAAGAUGCCAUAGUGGUGUGUGAAGAGCUAGAUAUUUCCUCCAUAUUAAACAAAGCCCCUCCAGGUAGCUAUCAAGCAAGCCAAGGUCCAGGGGCUUCAUGUGGCAGAACAUUUCCAGAGAAAGAGCAGCAAAAUCCUAUUUCUAACCGGCCUUCUCUACUGACUGGUUCGUGUGCCUACGCACUGCGCUGCACCCCGGACAGAAGGCAACGAGAGGCUGAAGCACGGCUCGGGAAUCCGGAGAAGGCAAUGAGAGACAGCAGCCCUCAGACUACUUGUUAUCCAGCGCCUGUGGCAAGCAGCCCACCCAUCUAUGAGGUCGAGCUUGAGAUGAAAUCUUCUGGCCUUCCAAAGCUACGAAUCAAAAGAGUUUCCUCUGCGUCAGCUCCAGAAGUGCCAACCCCCGUAGCGCCUGGGAAACCUAAAACAGAGGAAGAAAGCGAUCUCACCUCUUCUGGGACUUCCUCUGGGAAACUUGAGCCUGCAUCCAUUUCCCCGCCCUGCGUCCACUCUACCCACAGCACUCCGGGAAAGUUUGGAGGCGGGCAGACCUACAUCUGCCAGUCGUACACACCCACCCGCUGCCCCUCUACCUAUACUUGUUCCCCGUCCCAAGGCAGUGGUGUUCCGUGGACACCUUCUCCGAAACAGAAAGGAAAAGUAACUCCGGAAGCAAUUAAAGACUGGCCACGGAGGAAAAAAGCCUCUGUGGGAAGCAGGAAGAGUGAAAGGCUUGCAGGGGUGGAAGUGGCCAUCCACAGUGCAGCAGGAAUGAGACCGUCCGAGCUCUUAAGUGGGAAUAAAGUAUUGCAUCUGGGGGAAUUUGAACUAGAAGGAGUUUCUAGUCUUCCAGAGGAGUCCACUUGCAGUGACACGGAGCCCAGUGGGGAUGAGAACACUUGCAGCGGAGCAUCUCGACUGAAGUCCAGGAAAAGAACUUUGGAAAACAUGUCUCCAGAAAAGGAGAACGGCCAGGAAGUAAAAAGGUCCUGCCCCAAAAGAGAAAGCCCCGGGGAAGCUGUCUUCUCAGCGGAGGAGCAGAGCAUCGGAAAAGGAGUAGAGUCUGCAAACAGGGCAAUCCUGGAAGAAGAGAUCUUCUCAGCAAUGAGUCCAUCCAAGUCUUCAGGAAAGGGCACCGUCUCUGUCAGUGGUCUUCGGGCACUCACUCAAUCUCCACUUCUCUAUCAAGGCUUUGCCCCUUCCCUCAGGAAGUCUGCCACUGGAGAUGAGGCUGAUGUGUUUGGAGGUGCAAACGAAGACUUGUCUCCCUUCCGCAGCACAGGCACCAGGCAGCGUCCUGUCAGCAGAACCUAUUCACGGAAAAGACUGCUCACUUGAACUUGGGAGCAAGAUGCUGGGAUAUUCAGAACAAGCUGGCCAAGCCGCCUUAGGCAACUUUAAGGUCAAACCCAAGUUGUUUUUGCCAGCUGCCGCAAACGGGUGUUGCUUAUGCGUUUGCAGCUGGUUUGCAGUUAGUAAAAGUCCUUCCUGCCAGAACCAGGAGAGAGACGUGGCUCUUGCGAUGCCAAAACAUGGCUGUCAACAUGGUGCAGUUUUGGAACAGAGUUGGGGCCAUCGCAUCAAACAAGUAUGUAACUAUGGGGAACCAAUUUUUAAUGAAUAUUGUAAAAUAAAUUAGUAUGCUCUGGA